AUGUCUGCCACCACCGUGGGCGUUCUCGAGACGACGACGACGACGAUUGAUGCGCCGGCGGCGCGUGGUGAUGCCACUGCCGUAAUCUCGAUCAACGCGUCGGAGAGUAUCUUGCAAGAAGCGAUAUUAGAGGAAGAGGAAGAAAACGAAGAAGACCAAGAAGACCAAGAGGAACUCUGGAGAGUCGCUCGACAACGAAACGCAGAGAAACUCCUGAAAGCUUCGUUCGAGAAUAAACUCAACGAAAUCGACGAGAUUCUCACCUCGGAAGAAAGCAUCAUCAAUGUUGCCGCGAAUACCGCGGAAGGAGUUUGUGCGUUGCACGCUUGUACUUCCUCGAAGACGGUCAACUUCCUCCUCAAAAGGGGCGCCGACGUACGAGUUCGUAAACGCAAUAAUGACCAACCUUUACACGUGCAGUGCUACGCAAAAAACCUUAAAGCCAUUCAAUAUCUUCUCGAAGCUGGCGCGGAUGUGAACUCACGCGGCGAUUGUGGGAAUUCACCGCUCCAUUUAGCAGUUUCUGCGGCAUUAAUAUUUCCUCCGCAGACAACGACGAUAGACAACGAGAACAGAUUCCAAACUGACGAGAGCAAUAUGGGAAGAACUGAAGAGGAAGAGGUUGAGGAGGACGAGGAAGAGGAAGAAGAAAAUGAUGCAAAUGACGAAGACGUAGAAAAUAGCGACGACGCGCGUGCCCGAAUUGUUAUGGAGCUCAUAUCAAGAGGCGCAGACGUGCACGCCAAAAACGAUAACGCGCAAACGCCUUUGCUUCUUCUUUCAAACACACGAGAGAACGCGAGCGUCGCAGAAUUACUCUUCAAAGUUCAAAAUCGCGGACAAAGCGCUCGAGAAGAGAUUAGGGAAGAAUUGGCGCGUUUGAAACUGCACGAGGCUAUAGCUUUACGGGGAGAAAAUUUGCACACGGCGAGGAUGAAAAGAGAAGCGAGGAAAAACAAAGCUCUCGCGGUGAAAAGAGCGCACGAGAGGGAGGUUCACGAGCUGAAAAUAAAGCUUGAUUUGAUGGAGCGAAAAGAACGCGAGCGCAUAGAGGAAGAGCAAGAAAAAGAGCGCUUGCGACUAGAGGCGAAGAAGGCGAAAGCCAAAGCCAAGAAGGCUUCGAAAAAAUAA